GGAAAAUCUGUCUGGCGGGUUCGCUAGGCCCUUUGCGUCGGCAAACAAAAGCAGCCAAGAUCGUACUGCGUCUAAUUCCCCAAAGCACCGUGUUGCCAUUCCACAACUGCAGUGAUAGCGAGUGCAAUCACAAAGAAUCUGUCUGCUUUCGACUUCCCCAGUAUGCCCGUCCUAUGAUGCAGGUUAGGACCUUCGUAGAGGUUGAGCCACCUAGCCCAAUCAGGUACUUUAUCGGAGCCGCUAUAAUGAUGAUCGGAGUCGUAUUGCCGGUUGGCUACAUGAUGUUCCGGAACAAGAGAGUGCCUCCGUCUUUGUCCUACUCUAAACAAACGUAGGAACAAGAUUCUGAUAUAAGAGAAUGACGGGAUGGGAGGCUUGGCUUCAGUGGAUUCAGAUUCGCCUGUCGUUGUGGUGGGACUUGGGAGGCGAAUGGUAAGAGUAAGAAGCUUCGUCAGAUCUAUUAAAUAUUUCAUUGGCAAUAACGCAUUGAGAUCCCUCACACUUGUUGAGCGGUUUUGUAACUUUUGUUCAUGGGAUUCUGAACUCCGACCUCAUCAAUACAAAUUUUGUACUAAAUUUUUUAAUGAUUUUUUGAAAAAAAAAUCAAAUUUGUUA